AAAACCCUGUUUUACAUUUAUUUCUUUACACAAGCUUUCAACAUUUUGGUGCGAUAGGACGUAGGAAUGGAUAAAGGAAGUGUUAGAUACUUUAUUUAUUCUUUAUUGAUUACGAUAAUAACUAUAUCACUAAGUGAAACAACAGCCGAAGAGUCUUGUGAAGAGUCUUUGAAUCAUACCACGCAAAAUAACUAUGAAUACACAUUUUUGUGGAGUGCUUGGCGGUCAACGGGCUUGGUAUGGCACAACAUGACAUUUUGGGAUGGACAUGUGCAGAUACCAGAGAAAGACCAUGUAGCUUUGGAAUGUUUUACUACAUUGGGAAAUAUAUUAGUGAUAGAAGACAAGCAUCCUAACAUCGAAGAUAUAACUGAAAACAUUAUUGAAGUAAAGGCGUGCACCAUAGACGUAAACCAAAAGUGUAUACAUCAUAUGAAUGUCCUGAUCAGAAAAUGCAAUGGAAAUUUAUUGUACAGAUUUCCAUUGUUCAACAGCACGAAUGUACGACAUGACUACAUUUGCUUAGGUAAGUGUAAAAAUUGUGCCUAUAAAGAUAUAACUUGCAUGAUGCAUAUGGCAAUAACAAAUCUAAUUUAACUGACUGUAUCUCAU